GGCCCAGGAAUACUCGGUAUUUGCAUUCAAGAUGGCGGACGGCGAGGAACAAAUAAUGAUCUGACAAAGACAAAACGAGAUUUAAUUUUGAAUUGCGGCCACGAUGGCUCACUCUAGAGACCGUUUAAAGCAACUUGAAGAAAUAGAGAAGGAUAUUGUGAAAGUGAUGCAAAGUGCUGGUGAGACCAUAGCUGAGCUAUCGAAUGAGAACCCGUCUGAGGACAUGGUUAACAUGAAGGCAACAGAGUUUGUCAAAUCCCUUGAGGGGGUAGAGAAAGGUCUUACUGAACAGAUAAACUACUUGACACAAGUUGCUACAGGGCAACCCCACGAGGGCUCAACUUAUGGGGUGGAUAAGAAUAAGCGGUAUUUCUAACGUUUGAGGAGUUGAGGGAUUCCGCAUUAAUGAGAGGACUUUGAACUGGCAACCAGUCGGACUGCUAUCGUUAAAGAACAGCUUCAAGAAGUACAGAAGAUACUCAAGAACCCUACUGUUGCAAAGACAUAGCUCGUAUUUAUUCAGUCAAACCAGACAAAUAUUCCACUGAAGAAAUUUGUAUAUAAAAAAAGAAGCCAUAAGAAGCUGACUAAGGACACAUAUACUGUACAAGCCUCAACAGUUUGAGACAAAUUUUAUGCGCAAACCAGCGUGUACCAUCCUUUAUAACAUUAUAAAAGCCAAGGUUUUUAAUUGAGACAAUUCGAGAACAGAUUAGUGGUGCAUGAGAACCGUGACGAGAAUUUUCUGCUUCCAGAUGCUUUCUACUUUUUGAUCUAACAGGCUCGUGUUUAUUCAGUCAAACCAGACAAAUAUUCAAUUGAAAAGAUUUGUAUAUAAAAAAAGAAGCCAUAAGAAGCUGAUGAUAAAAGAAGGAUUUCUUAAGCUUGCAAGUGUUUUCAUAGUUUUGAAUUCUAAUAUGCCUGAUGUGGCUGGACAGACUAAGGACACAUAUACUGUACAAGCCUCAACAGUUCUAGACAAAUUUUAAGCGCAAACCAGCGUGUACCAUCCUUUAACAUUAUAAAAGCCAAGGUUUUUAAUUGAGACAAUUCGAGAACAGAUUAGUGGUGCAUGAGAACCGUGACAAGAAUUUUCUGCUACCAGAUGCUUUCUACUUUUUGACCCAACAGGGACUGGGAAACAGACCUUCAGCCUUUGCAACCAAGGGUAUUUAAGGAACAGGAACUUACGAACCUGAUUAUUAUUUCUAUUUUUUUAUUGGCCAAGAGUCAUAAAACAAUGGUAUCAUUUGAGGUUCCAUAAGUUCUCCACGACCCAAGCAAAUGAGGUAAACAGGAUAUUUAUUAUACAGUGAGACUUUUUCCUAGCAGCAAUUGCUGCCUUAGUUCUGAGUGGGCUGUACUGGAAUGUAUGCCAGCUAAUAAACAAAUGAGAAUGUUUGUAGCAUUGUAACUGUAUAAUAAACAUACUUAUUUAUCA